AUGGACCGACACCGGUACUUCAUCUUCAACCAGAGGAGCGUCCUCAUCUUCGGCAUUCUCCAGGUGGCCUGUGCGGGUCUUUGUGUCAUCUGCGGGUUCAUGGACGCCGUUUUCCGCAAAGAUACGCCGCUGAGCAGCACCAGGACGCCGGUGUGGGGAGGGCUGGUCAUGGCCUGUCCAGGUGUUCUGGCGCUGUUUGCCUCCCAAAGGAAACACUCGGUCCUGGUGAGUGCGAUGGUCGUGGCUGCAGGACUUUCCUUCGUCACUGCAGUCUUCACAUCGAGCUACGCCUGUCUGACUCUCACCUACGGGGAGGAGGACCAAGAGGUCUUCCACCGUCACAACAGUCCUGAAGUGACGUUUGUCCUCCAUCGGAUGGUGAAGGGAGCGAACGCCACCAUCCUGCUGAGCUGCGCCGUCAGCCUGCUGCUGUCUUCUUUCAUUGCCUUCGUGGGCUGCCGCAGUCUGCCCUGCUGUGCCUGCUACGAUACCAGGACCGGACUGGAAACGCUGGUUCCUCAGUUUGAUCCCGGCGACACGGAGAUGACAGUCUGCACCUGGCAAGCAGGAGGCGAUGACAGACUCUUCAACUCUCCGGCUCAGUCCACCGACAGAAGCGCCACCGAGGGAGAGGAGGGUUCGCCCAAAAUGCCUCCAUACAGCCGCCUGACCUGACCGUCCGCGAUGCAGAGACUGAACGCUGCGGCCCUUCAGCCCAGAGGACGGACGUGAUGCACCUUUUACGUUUCUUAUUUAUGUACACGGGCAGACGGGAGGAACCUCGGGAAGUCAGGACGUUUAUAGACCUGUUAGAGAUGUGACUCAUUUAAACUCGUGAUCAGAAGAAGCUCUUUGGACUCUUUGACCAAACGUUUCCGUGGCCAGACUCCCUGUAAACCUUUGCCAAACCUGAACGCAACGCGGCGAGACUGAAAUGCUUAAUUUGUCGUGUGAAUCCAAAGACAUUUUAUGUGUAUUUAAUAAAUAAAGAUGGACUG